GAGUAGGAGAUGAUCAAUUUAAUUAUUUCUAGACUGACACACCUUUUUAAGUAUUUAUUAUUUGAACAAUUAAUAAACCUUACCACUGAUCCUGAGUUCAUUGAAGAUGUAAAUACUAAAUGCCAACCACGUUCCUUCCCAACUUAAAAACGCCUAUGAUUAUUGGUAUUACCUUUGUUAUUACAUUUGAUGGCUGAUGAACGUUCCGUACCUUUAUAAUAAUAUUGUGUUUCCUGUGUAAAUUAUUAAAGACCACGUCUUGCAGUUCAUCCCAGUGAAGACCGAGAUUAAGUGUACCUACCUAGUUGUAAAACUUGAAUAAUUUUCUACAUGAAAAAUAAGAUAAAUAAUUGUAAUAUCCAUGUACAUUUGAACAUUUCGGGUGAAGCGAGAGAAAUUCAGUGAACAAUUUUAUAUAUUUAAGGCACAAAUACUUUUAUUAUUAGCAAAAAUGGCUGUAUUUCAUUAUCAAGAAGUUGGUGAUUUUGACGAAUCAUUUAAACAAUUGUUACAACCUAUUGAAUCAAUUACAAAAAAAGAUGAAAGUGAAAUUUUUCAAUAUGAUCUAACUAAGUUACUAGAUUCUUAUUCAAAACACUUGAGGAAAUCUUCAAAUGAUAGUUCCUCAGUCUUUGUAGAUGCUGCUAUAAUCAUUCAAAAUAUUUCACUAAUUUAUCAAAAAAGAGUUGACGUCACAAUCAACGGGAUGCUGAAACUUGUUGGGAAAUUCCAAUCCUAUCGAUUAAAUGAAAAUAUUGAUCCAGACUAUUAUAAAGAGAAAAGAGUGGAAAAUAAGAAAAGUAAGAGUAAUAAAAAGGUCAAAUGUUAUUCUUAUUUUGGGCCAAUUGAAGGUCAAAUCAUUAGAACAUUGAACAUUUUUGACUGCAAAUUAAUAAAUUUGAGCAAAAUUCCCCAAGUAAAAAAAAUUACAUUAAAUACCAAUAUAAAAGUAAAUAAUAAAUACAAUAAAAUAUUGCCAAAUAUUUGUAAUAAAAACGGAGAAAAUAUUGGAAAAAAAUAUGAUUUUAAGAUAAAUUUUCCUUUAGACUAUGAUUUGGCUGUAAAUGAAGACUUUCAUUGCCCCACUAAAGAAGAUUCAAAAUCUAAAAAUCAUGUCAAUUAUCGAAAUCACACUAACUCAGUAUUGACAUUACCAAUGAAUUUAUUGAAUGAUGAUGAAAUACUACCAAGUGCUUCCAACUCAGUCAUUUUUUAUCAGAAUAUUAAUGAUGACGUUUGCGUUGUUAAUGAAAUUUUAUCAAAUUCAAUAAACACAUUAAAUGUUAAUCAAAUAACUUCAAAUUAUGAUUACAAUGACAAUGAUUCAAGAGCUCAAGAUGACACGGCCAAGUGUAACUUUAAUGCAAAUAAACCUUGUGUGAGAAAAAAAGACCUCUCUAAAAAAAAUAUAGAAAUAUUAAUGCCUAUGGAUACAAGUACAGAAUUUCAUUUCUUGGCUCAUGAUGAGGAAGUAGAAAAUACAUUAAUAAAUGGUGAAUCAGCAGAAAAUGUUCAAACAUAUCAAACAAAAUCAAUAGAAAUGCAGAAUUAUGAAACAAAUCAAAUGACAACGAUUAAUGAACAAUUGGAAAUGCAAAAAAGAGUUCAAGAAUGGCACGAUAGUCUGCGGCUAAUAUUGGAAAAUGAAGAGAAGGUGAUUGAAUUUGAUGUACACGAAUACGGAACACGCAUAUUAAGCUGCUUUGAAUCUGUUGGAGAACAAAGAUUAUUCAAAGAUUUAGUAGGAGGGAUUGAAGAAGUAGAAGUUGCUCGAUAUUUUUUGUCUUUGUUAAUGAUGGUUAAUACGAAUAAUUUGGAGUUAUCAAAUCAUAAGUAUGGAAAUGAAUUAUUAGUAAAACUAUUAAAAAAAAAACGUCAUCAUGAAGAACUACAAAUUGAUAUUGAAAAUCUAGUGAACCAAAAACAGAAUUCACUAUGAAUAUUUAAUGUACAUACUUUUUUUAAUUUACCCAAAUUAUGGCUAUGGUAUUAAUUUUAAGCGGUUUUAAUAAUCUGUUCAUAUGAUUUAUUAUUUGGCAAACCAAUUAUUAUAGUAGAACAAAAAUUAUUUUUAUACUUUUAUAAAUCUUAAUCUAUUUAUGUCUAAUUAAACCAAGUAUAAUAAAAUAUAAUUUAAUGAGUAAUUAAAUUAAGCAUACAAAAAAAAAAAA